UUGUGUAUACAGGGUGUAGGAGGUUUUUUUAAGGGAAUAGGAGUAGGAGUAGUAGCAGCAUUAACAUUACCUAUAGCAGGUAUAUGUGUUGCUGGUUAUCAAGUAACAAGAGGAUUAAUCAAUACACCUGAGGCUAUACAUGAAAAAAGUCAAGGAAAAAAAUGGGAUAAAAAAGAAAGGGUAUGGAAGCCUAAUUGGUACAGCUUGGAGGAGGAGGCGGCGGAGGUAUUAAACCAGGAGAAUCCUUACAAACGUGACGCAAGCAGCAGCAACAAUAACGGCAGCAGCAGCAGCAGCAGUAGCAGCAGCAGUGCUGCUGGUACACGUAAGGUAGUAGAUACUACAUUAUAUGAGAUACUUGAGGUAUCCCCUGAUGCAAGACCUGAAGAUAUAAGAAGACAAUAUUAUAGAUUAGCACGUAAAUAUCAUCCAGAUAAGAAUAGAGAUGAUCCAGAUGCAAAGAAAAGAUUUCAACAAUUAGGAGAAGCUUACCAAGUAUUAGGAGAAGAAGAAAGAAGAGCACAAUAUGAUCUGCAUGGACAAGCAGCAGCACAAGAUAUGCCUAUUAUAGAUAGUUCUUUAUUCUUUAUGAUGUUAUUCGGAUCAGAGGCAUUAGAGCCUUAUAUAGGAAAAUUAAAAAUGGCAAUGUUUGUAGAAAUGGUUGAUGCACCAGGAAGCAGGAAUGCUCGGGGUGAUGACAUAUCUGAAGAAAUGUUUGCCUUUGAACAAAGGAAGAGAGAAGUUCAAUUGGCUAUUUUGCUGCGGCAGCGAAUUCAGCCUUAUGUAGAUGCCAUGCUUGAGGCCCCACAGAGCCCACAGCAGCAAGAGCAGCAACAACAACAGCAGCAGCAGCAGGUAGAAGCAUGGACACAAGCAAUGAUUCAAGAAGCUAGAAACCUCUGCCAGCUGCAGCAGCGGGAACAAAAGAGACAAAAGAAGCAAGAAAAAGCAAGAAAGAAUGCAAAGGAAGGAGAGACAGUACCUGAUGCAGGACCUACAGCAGAAGAUAUAAAGCAAUUUGAGGAAACUUUGCCUUUAAUAUUGGAGACAAUGUUGAGUAUUUGUUUAAUUGAUAUCGAAACAACUGUACGAGCAGCAGCGAAAAAGGUAUUAAAAGAUAUGAGUGUAUCUGUAGAAGUUCGUCGUUUACGUGCUGAGGCAUUAGUUAAAUUAGGAAAAGGAAUACAACAAGAAACAGAAAAGUUCAAGACACAACAUAAAGAUGAAAAAGUUGACCCUCUUAGAAGAAUGGAGGAUGCACUCAUCAAGGCAGCGCAGAAGGCAGAUGAGGAAAGAUACAAAAGGGAAGGAGACCACACUGGGCCCCCUACUUCCCCUGGUGCUGCUACUGGUGCUGCUUCUGCUGCUGCAGCAGCAGCAGGUGGUGCAUCUGGUGAUUGGUCGCCGCAGCAGACCACCCCACGAGCCUCCCGUGACUUCCUCUGA